CUUUCUAAACCUUCUACGAUCGCGGCAUGACGUCGACUUCCAAGACGGGCCAUCUUCUCUCCCUCGGAACCCAUGGAAUGUGGGGCUUCUCUCCGGGAUUUGACCUCCAGGAAGGCGUGUCCGAGCCUCGCGCUGACUCGAACCAAGUGGAUGCUUCGACCUCGUCGUCCGAACCAUUGUGCGUGUUGGUGCUCAGUCCGGGCGACAUUCGGCAUGUCCUGGCGACGAUUGCGCGCUCUCGACGGUGGAAGAAGCGUCCGCUGCACAUUUACCUGUACGAAAAGUCCCCGGAAUGCUUGGCGCGGGCACUGUUGUUGCUCCAAAUCGUCAACGACUGGGAAGUCCCCCUUCGCCAGCGAUGCAACACGUUCCUCGAAGUGUUUGGCAACGCCCUAGUCCAGGGACGCACGGCCGAGUACAUUGAAGAGAAGGCGAAGCAGCUGGUCGAGCUUGUCUGCAACGAGUCGGGGCGCCUCGCCGAUGUCAUUGACUUGUCCCACUUGAAGAUGAAGUCCCGCGACGCGUUGGUCGAGACGUUCCAGUCGUGGCACACCAACGUGCCAUUCAAUUUGGAGCGCCUGCGCGACCAACGGCUGCGCCACUACUAUGAGAAUCGCUACGACUACCGCAACAAUUUGGUCGAUUGGGAUUACACGAUGUCGCUGCGCAAAAUCCAAGACGCCAGUGUCAUCCAUAUCAAGCAGUUCAAAGAGUGGCGCAACACCGGCAUUGCGUUUGAGUUUGGCGACCAGCAAUACACUGCUCCGAAUCGAACGAUGGCGUCGUACACGGAUGCCGUGAAGAAAGGUCAUGGGUCCGUGAGCUGCCGGGGCUACUGGCUGGACAUUGUGGUUGGGCCGUACAUUUCAUUUGGUGUCGACUGUUACCGCUCGAAUAAAUUUGCCGAUGGGAUCUUUGAAAUCCACAACAAAGGAAGCGGAUGCGAGCAAAACCGCCACAACACGACCGAAGUCGCCGUGUUCAACGUCCUCUCCCACCUGCACGAGAUUGAAACGGGCGACAUCUACAAAAUGAAAAAGGCACACGAUGUGUACAGCGGCAUUGGUGAAAUCGAAGACGGCAAAGCUCGCGAUCGACCAGUUCAGGACAAUAACAGCCCAGAAGCCAACAACAACGGCCCUCGUGGCGACGAAUUGUCGCGCUUUGAAGAGCUAGACCACGAUGAUGACGCGGAGAACGUGGAUGCGCGGAAGCGUGCGCAACGCAUUGUCGAGUCGUUUGAAGGCGUCAAGGUGAUUCUCCUGUCGGGGGCUGCGGCGGAUUUGGCCAAGAAGCGUCGGUACCAGCGUAGAUUCCACCACGUCUAUGUAUCGGUGCACGCGACCAACUUGGUCACGUCCCCGGACGUGGACGCCCCCAUGACUACGUUGUUGGCGGACGACGCCAAGGUGUCGGUCGAGUCGUCAGUGUACUUGUUGCCGUUCAAAGACGACCAACGUGUCACGUACAUGCAAAAGCUGGUUGAAUUUGCUGGCUCGAUGGGCCUGACGACGUCCAAGAGGGCAUUUGGGGCCAGUGAUGCGUUCAAAAAGGACAAUGCCGUGCUCAAGUUCCAGUACACGCGUACCCAACAGCAAGCGACGGAUUGAGUAGCAUGGCAACAAUGUAAAUUUGUAUUAAUAUCAUAACUUUUGUAUAUAUAGC